CUGGGAAUUCUCCCUCUUGGUGUCACCUCCCCAGGUGACAUCUGGGCAYGCAGGAGCUGGUGGGAGCUUGGAAAUUGUGUCUGGUGGUGCCACCCACCAGUAUGGAUGGGUGUGCCAGUUUGGGGAAGGGAGGGAGAGAAUUCCUGGCAGUUUUGGAAGGAAAACCCAACUUCCCAAAGCUUGAAAACCUGUUUGAGGAAGACUGGGAUGAGGUGUAGCCAGGAGCUUAAAAGAUGUGCCCUACUUUGGAUAUUCCUGCAUUGAAUGUCUGAGGAGCUCCGGCCGACCCUGAGCCAUGUCGCAGAUGUUGCACAUAGAGAUCCCCAACUUCGGGAACACCGUUCUGGGCUGCCUGAACGAGCAGCGGCUGCUGGGGCUGUACUGCGAUGUCUCCAUCGUGGUGAAGGGCCAAGCCUUCAAGGCUCACCGGGCGGUGCUGGCCGCCAGCAGCCUCUACUUCCGAGACUUGUUCAGCGGSAACAGCAAGAACGCCUUUGAGCUGCCGGGGACCGUCCCUCCCGCCUGCUUCCAGCAGAUCCUGUCCUUCUGCUACACCGGCAAGCUGACCAUGGCGGCCAGCGAGCAGCUGGUGGUGAUGUACACGGCGGGYUUCCUGCAGAUCCAGCACAUCGUGGAGAAAGGCACGGACUUGAUGUUCAAGGUCAGCUCSCCGCACUGUGACUCUCAGACCACCAUGAUCGAAGACCCCAGCUCGGAGCCGCAGAGCCCCUGCAACCAGCUGCAGUCGGCCUCGGCGCCCUACGUCAUGUCCCCCUCCAUGCCCAUCCCGCUGCUCACACGUGUCAAGCACGAGAACCUGGAGCUGCAGGCGCUGCCCGGCCUGCCCGGCAAGCGGCCCCUGGAGCCCGGUGCCCGGGAKGGUCCCGGCGGUGCCGGCGCCGCCAGCGCGGGGCCCCUGAAGCUGUCGCGGGUCUCCUACUACGGCGUGCCCAGCCUGGCCACGCUGCUGCCCAACGUGCAGCAGGUGCAGUACUCGCAGGGAGAGCGCACCAGCCCCGGCGCCAGCAGCAUCCCCACCACCGACAGCCCCACCUCCUACCACAACGAGGAGGAYGAGGAGGACGAYGAGGCUUACGACACCAUGGUGGAGGAGCAGUAUGGCCAGAUGUACAUCAAGUCGUCGGGAGGCUACUCUGUUGCCCAGGAGAAGCCGGAGCAGAUCCCGCUGGAGAACCGCUCGUGUGUCCUCAUCCGACGGGACCUGGUGGCUCUCCCUGCCAGCCUCAUCAGCCAGAUCGGGUAUCGCUGCCACCCCAAGCUCUACUCGGAGGGAGAUCCUGGAGAAAAACUUGAGCUCGUUGCAGGCUCAGGCGUUUACAUCACCCGGGGCCAGCUGAUGAAUUGCCAUUUAUGUGCCGGUGUCAAACACAAGGUCCUCCUGAGGCGCCUCCUGGCCACUUUCUUCGAUCGGUGCGCUCACCUCUGUGCCACCUCUGUGCCACCCUGGGAAGCCUGAGCCCUGUGUCUCCCUGUCUUUGCAGUGUAUUGUCAGAAUUUUGCCCCGAGCUUUAAGGAGAGCGAGAUGAACGUGAUCGCSGCCGACAUGUGCACCAACGCGCGGCGCGUCCGCAAGCGCUGGCUGCCCAAGAUCAAAUCCAUGCUGCCCGAGGGGAUGGAGAUGUACCGCACCGUCAUGGGCUCCUCCACAAACACUGUCCCCCUGGAGCCCGAAUUCCAGCCCAGCAGCGCUCAGGUGUUCGAGCAGCGCAUCUAUGCAGAGAGGAGGAGCGACUCGGGGACGAUCGUAGCCUUGAGAACUAACACAGUGAAUGUAGAGCUGAGCAAUGGAUCCAACCAGUCCUUCGAGCAGAGCGAGGAUGCCGAAGGCGCCGGCUCCGUGAUCCAGGAGGCAGCUGCCACAGAUGCCCUGGCAUCGGAAACCCAAAGCACUCCRCAACCUUUCGAGCAAGGUUCGGGCUCCUCCAGCCGGCCCGAAACCCCCGUGAGAAGACAGGAUGGUACUUAUGGAGGGACUUUAUAAAGAGAGCAAACAUUUCAUGACCUAUAAGGGAUCUGUAAUACUAAAGCUGCUUGCAUGCAUUACUAAUACAAAACAAAAAAAAAAUGUGAUCAAGCCACUUACCUACUGAACUGCUACUGUUGCCUGAAAAAAAUGUGAUUUUUAUUCUGCUUGUAUUUAAAAUUUAUGAAGGAAGUAAUCGCAUUCGUUAUACUGUAAACGACUAGGUCUGUGGCGACCUACUUAAAAAAAUAUUGGGCUCCUUUUUUGAUAUUCCUGAGGUUAGUCUAUAAGAUUGUAGCUUUUUCUUUUUUUUUUUUUUGUUUUCCCUUUCCUUUUCUCUUUUGUUUAAUUUUUUUUUUUUUUGUUUUGUUUUAAGAAGGGGAGGAGAAAAGCUAGCCACCCCCCCCACACCCACCACCACCCCGUCAUCACCCCAUCCAUCACUCAGCUCAGAAGUAAAGCCAUCGUUAACCUUGUCCUCUAAGGAGAGUUUUGUCACUGAACAGGAAAGCGAGGCGUGUUCGGGUGCAGGUGCUGUGACUGGCCGUGUUUGUCUCGGGAAAGGCUCGAGCCAAGUGGGGUGGGCUGGGGGAAAUCGUGGCAGUGACGGUGACCAGACAACCCCCGGAGYGGGGGGAGCCGUGGCCGUGGGUGCGCGGUGCUGGCGGGGACUCGGUGCUGCUGUCCCGGGGAGAUCCCUGCGGCUCUCCCGGGAGCGGGGACGGUUCAGGCGUGUCGGGAGGACUGCAGGCAAGGAGAGCCCGGCCGCUGCUGUGGCUGUGGGCUGCUGUUUUGCCCAGGCUGGCUUGGUUUGGGUUUGGUUUCUCUCUCCCUUCCCUCCCUUCCUCCCUGCAGUGACUCCUUUUCCUUUGCUUCUCCGUGUUUGCACCUUCGCGUGGCCGCUCCUGGACGGCUGUGUUUGUGUCACCCUCUGCACCUCCUGGGAGGGGAACAGCCUCCCCUCGGUGCCUGUGAAGGGAUUUAGGGAGGAAUCUGGGCAUGGAGAGCGCGUUGUUCUUGCCUCGAAGGGCAYGGAGUCGGGAGCUCUUGGUGUUGGCUCCCGGCAGCAUCCGCACCGCAGGCAGAGCUUGGUGCGUGCAGAGCUCACCCUCUGCUCCUCCCUCCUCCCCAGGCCAAGCAGGCUCUCUCUUUUUUAAUAAUUUGGAGUGUAUCGGAUGCAAAAAUUAAAAGAAAAAGUGAGCUUUGUGCCCUUGUGUGAAGAGGUUUGGGGAGGAGGCAGCGCUUUGCCUCCUGCUCACCCUCCCGCAGCCCCUUCUGGGGAAAACCCAAUGUGGAGUUAUUUGUCUUUAUUUUUGUCGUUGCAGGCUGAUGUCCCCAGGCUGUGGUGGCUUUGGUGGCCUUGGGAUGGGGCUUGUGGGUGUCCCUGGAGCCUGAUGGGCAGCAGGUACCAGCUCUGUCCCUCGCCCUACAGACCCCAAAGUGACGGGAACCUGCCCCACAGACCCGGCUCCAGUGGGACAUUCCCCGGAAUGCCGGGGCCAGGCUGGGAUCCCACAGGGAUGGCACUGCUGGCUGCCCCCCGGGCAUGGGGACAGUGACGUGAAAGCCAAGUUGGGCUUUUUCCUUUUUUUCUUUCCUUUUUUUAAUUAUGAUUAUUUUUACUGUGACUUAACGACCUGCUUUAAUGACGUUUGCAGCUUGUUCUUUAACGCUUUGGGGACUCGGAACAAGGUGCUCAGAGUCCCUUUUUGGCUGCUGUGGCUGUGCUCCUCUUUUCUUUCCUGCUUUUCUAAUCCAGACAGCGCUUUGCUCAGGGUUUUCUUCCUUCUUUGUAUUUCCAUGGGGAAAGGGGGAGCGGGGAGAGGAUAACCCAACUUUCGGCCAUUUGUUUCGUUUUUCUUUGAUACUUGAAGCAGUUUUUUGCAUCGUUAAAUUACGAGGCUGCCCAGCCUGUGCCACUGCUCCUGACACAACGAAUCGGUGACAGGGGCGUCCCGCCCCACGCUUUUGGGGUCUGGGUUUUGGCACAGCUUUUUGGGGGGUCUGUGAUGCCCCGGACCAGGCGUUAGGGCUGGUGCAGGUGCGGAGGUGUGGGAUGCUUCGGAGGAGUGGGAAUGAGCACGGCUCUAUUUGCACUUUACCCACGUCCCUAAACAAAGCYGGGGACCACGGGCUGAGCUCGGGACGGGGCUUUGUCCCCUGCCACCCCUGGGGACAUGGAGCAAUGCGGUUCCUUGGCCCUGGGGUGUCCCCGUGCCCCAGGGAGCAGCAGCUCGGUGGGGCUCAGGUUUGGCUGAGGACCCUCCCCGAUCCCCAAAUCUUUGGGUUUGCCAAAAAUUUGAGGGAAGCUGGGAGCGGCUCCGGGUGUCGGAGAUCAAAAGUCGUCCCUUGUGUGUGUGUCUGUGUGCAUAUAUAUAUAUAGAUAUAGAGAGAAGAGAUAUUGCAAAGGGUUCCUCCUCCUCCUCCUCCUCCUUUUGGGCACUUGCUGGGGGUGGGGAGCAGGCUGAGCCCCCCGGCUGGGGGCUGCACUUGGCUGUAGGGGUGAAUUCUGGACCAAACCUGUUCCCAGACAGCCGGGGGGGCCACCGGGGGGGCAGCAGCAAAGUACUUGAAUGGCUUAGGACAGAGAGUCUGGAGAGAGUCAAGUUGCACAGUGAAAAUAUAUAUUUUUAUACCUAGCACAACUUCCUGUAUAUUUUGGGGUUUUUUUUCUUUCUUUUUUUUUUCUUUCCUUUUUUUUUUCUUCCCUGAUUUGGGUUUUGUUUUAUUAAUUAUUAUUAUUAUUAUUAUUAGGAAGGCAAACUUCUAAAAUGUGAAGGGCGUUGGGUUUUUCCUUAUCUGGUAGAUGAGGGCAAGCAUUUUGCACUAAUGUUUCCUGUGUGUGGAGGAUUAAUGAUAUGUUUGAAAAUGUUAUAUGGUAAUGAUUGUAUUCUUCCGAGAAAAAAAAAGGACAAAAAAAGCAAAAAAAAAAAAAUAACCCCUUAAAACUGAAUGUAAGGUGAGAACAGAGCAGUCCAUCGAUUGUAUGCGGCUUUCCUGAGUGCCUUAGAAUUUUUUGAUCAUUUUUUUUCCAAGGAAAACAGAUUUAAGAAGAUCAGAUCAUAACCGACUCCUUCCUCCUCUUUGUUUACGACACUAUUUUAAAUUCUAGAAUUUGGGGCUGCUUUCUAAUGUGAAUAGGAAACUGCAUUCAUCUAGGUCUGACAGUGUAAGAUCAGAGCAUCAGUAUUUAUGGUAUGUCUGCACCUUUAUUCUUAUGCUUGACUAUUAGCAAUAUUACCUGUAUAUUCUAUAGCUGAAGUUAUACCAAGCACCUUUAACGAGCGCAGAGUGUAAAGGCACCCCAGUCCCUGCAGCUGCCAUAGCGUAGGAGCGGCUCCUCUCCUCCUCGUUAGCGCUAAUUAAACACGGCUUCUUGGAGGGGCUGCAUGACCCUCUGCCCCCCCGGGCUGGCGGUCACCCCGCUGUCCCACGGGCYGGUGACAUUCGUGACAUUUGGGGCUUUGAUCCUCCCAACUGUGAUUCCCCCUCUGGAAAUUCCCCCKGGGGGAUGCGCUGGGAACCGAGGCCACCACGCUGUGGGGUUCCCAAGGGUGCCACCCCACCCAGAGCCCCAAAAACUGGAAUUGGCCCCGGUGUUUGGGGAGCAGAGCCGCCAUAAUGGU